AUGGCUUCUUCUACUUCUUCUUCCACCACCAACAAAGUAACCCUCAAACUUCUCGUUGACACCAAGAAUGAAAAAGUUCUUUUCGCAGAAGCCUCAAAAGCUGUGAUUGAUUUUCUGUUUAAUUUGCUUCGAUUGCCUGUUGGCGCAGUUGUUAAGCUUUUAAACAAAAAUGGUAUGGUUGGUAGCUUAGGCAACCUCUACCACAGUGUGGAAAACCUUUCCGACAACUAUAUGGAACAAGACCAAACCAAAGAUGUCUUGUUAAACCCAAGAGCUCCUGUCUCUUCAAAUGAAAUCUCUGGCCUUCUUCCGGCAAAUGAUGAAGAUGCCAACAACACCAACAACCUUGGAGCUGGACAAACAUUGUUUUAUAGGUGUGCUUCUAACUGUUCUUAUGAUUUCACAUGCGAUAGCACAAAUCGUUGUCCUCGUUGCCUUCGAUUUAUGAACUUACAAAUAAAUUAUAUUGGACAUAAUGUUGUUCAAGAGAACUUUGUGACUAAGAAUGGUUUUGUGAAAGACGUUGUGACUUUUAUGGUGAUGGAUGAUUUAGUUGUUCAACCAAUGUCAACCAUAUCAAGCAUUACUUUGCUGAACAAAUUCAAUAUCAAAGAAGUUGGUUCCUUGCAGGAGAAGGUUGUUGAAAUGGGAAUGGAUGAGGGCAUCAUGUUACUUAAGGCUUCUCUGCAAUCCAAGGCUGUCUUGACAAGUGUUUUCAUAAAGAAAGAUAUUUGA